CAAGGUUAAAUUCAUUCAUGACCAGACUUCAGCCAACCCCAAAUACAAGGGCUUCUUCCACGGAGUCAGAGAGAUCGUCAGGGCUCAGGGAAUAAGAGGAACGUACCAGGGUCUCACUGCCACGGUCCUCAAACAAGGCUCCAACCAGGCUAUUCGCUUCUUCGUGAUGACCUCUCUCAAAAACUGGUAUAAAGGUGACAACCCCAACAAAGCCAUCAAUCCUCUGGUGACCGGAACCUUUGGAGCCAUAGCAGGAGCAGCCAGUGUGUUUGGAAACACGCCUCUAGAUGUCAUCAAGACUCGGAUGCAGGGUCUUGAAGCACAUAAAUAUAAAAGCACGUUGGACUGCGCCAUGAAGAUCCUGAGACACGAGGGCUUGGCAGCUUUUUAUAAAGGCACAGUUCCUCGUCUGGGCCGCGUGUGUCUGGACGUGGCCAUCGUUUUCAUCAUCUAUGAGGAAGUGGUGAAGGUCCUGAAUACGGUGUGGAAGACGGACUGAGCCGCUGGACGCACUUAAAGGCCUCCUGGGCACGAGACACAGAUCUGAGUUCAGCAGACGUCCUCUGAGGGGUUGAGACAGGGAGGUGAACUUAGAUCAGUGUCUUGUGCCGACCGGGAGGCUGAAGAGAAGAAAGAACGCCUGACAGAGACUCAGCGUCGCUAACAUCUGGACAGCUGCAGAACACCUGAUAAAACCAAGGGUCAACUUUACAAAGUGGGAUUAUAAGAUCAGCCAGAUAACUUUGAAAAAGAUGCUUCACAUGAUUCCUUGACGACUUCUUUUAAAGAACAAGUUUGCAGAUAUUUCAUCACAUUUUUCAAGUUAUCUGGUUCACUGUCUUUGUAAACCUGCUUUGUAAAAUAUUCCCUCUGUGAAGAAUAUUAUUUUUCACCUUUCACAGCUGGUUUACUGAUGUUUCCUGUGAGUAUACAGGUGUCAUACUGGAUUGUCUUGAGUUAUUGUUGCUCUCUGUCUCCUCAAAAUGUUUAUUUAAACUCAAAGGAGCCAGACUGCAGCUCACAUAAACUGUGGUAACUUC